AUGCCCUCAAUGAGACACACGGCCGCUACGGUAGUGGGCGCUCCCAUUACUGUAUUCAGGGGCUGCGGCCUCUCCCCUUGCCUCUGCAUUGUUACCGUAUUAUUGCCACCACUGUAUCUCUGUCCAGCAAUGCCUGGUUUUAGGGGGGUGUUUUACAAUCUUUUCCACCGCUGUAACAUAAUUGCUCUACCAUUCUGCAUGUACUGUACCACAACGCAUCAAUGCUGUACCUUCUUACGGUAUGUGCGACAGCAUUGCGACAUUGGUUGCCCUCUGCUGCGACAUGCGUGUCUGUCACGAUUGUUACUGUAUAAAUAG